UUCAAACAACACCUAGUUAACAAACAGUCUCUGUGUGUUAUGAUUGUGAUCAGACAAAACUAAAACAGAAAUAAAUAAUGUUCAAUGGAACUGAAGCUUAGCCAAUCUUCUCUUCCCACACCCAUCUUCAAUCCAUCUUCUUUUUUUCCCAAGCAUUUUGCUCUACUUUCUCAGAGAUGGAAACUUGAUAUUCAGAGGAUUGCUGGGAAGGGCCGUUUCGCGAGCAAGAAAAACUUGGUUCAUGUAGUUAAAGAAGGUGAAACUCUGACUUCAAUUUCAAAACUGUAUGGGGUGCCAGUUCUUGAAAUUGCUGAUUCGAACAAGGAGAUUGCUGAUGUCAACAUCGUUUUCGAAGGCCAACGUCUCCAAAUCCCUUCUGCUGUUGCUGGAUGUGCUCAAUUGUGCGACUUCGAGGGACAUCUAUUGCCAAAUGGAUCUGCUAGGUUAGGAUUUCAUAUCAGACAAUGGAAGACUCAGAUCUCCUCCACCAUGCCAUUCCAUCAAUUUUCCAUUGCUAAGGCCGCCGGCUCAUUUCCCAUUCUGGUUGCUGUGGUAGCCCUUUGCAUCGUAUGCAUAAUGGGCGCGUUUCGGAUCAUACUCGCCAAAAAUUCGAGACAGAAAUCUGCAGAUAAAUCGUCUAACUGUGCGCGAUGGAGAACAGCUCUUAGUGAGUUGAGAGAUCCAGACUCGCUGGAUGCUGAAUCUGCACCAGAUUCUGAUUUGCAGUUGCAGCCGUUGCCAGACGACAAGGAGCAGUUUCACCUCGAAGAUGCUUCGCAUGGUUAUAACAAACUUGAAGGUGAGUACGAGAAAUUUCUUUCGGAAUGUGGAAUGAGCAGUUAUGGCUACUGGCGUGGAGGUUCACCACAAUAGAGAUUCCGUCAAUUCUAUGUUCAGUUUACUUGUAAUUGUUAUUGUUAUUGAUAUCAUCAAUCAAUGUUGUUCCAUUAUAUUACAUAUAUAGGAGUAAGAUUGAGUUUGUACGAGGUACUAGGUGAUAAAUGUAUAGCGUUUUUUUCCGUCCAA